AUGGCUUCACCAUCAGCAACUACCCCUUUGAAAGAGAGGUGGGUUCCAUUAGUUACUGAUGGAGUUAGUUUUGGUGUUGGGAGCACUCUAGUGCUGUCGGUGACGGCAUUUGAGGUGGCUCCAUUUGUAAGAAUAGAGGAUGAAAAGGUAGUGGAAGGGAUUAGAGAAGGGGGUACAAAGAGGGGGAAGGAAGGAGCAAAAGAAGUG